GCUACUUCACCUUAGUUAUCUCGCCAAGCAGGUCCCCAAAAGCUGGGCCGUUGCGCAGACCGCACUCUUUUCACCUCUGCGUAGAUGCACUUCCUUUACUGUACACUUCGUUUCUAGCUGCUAAGCCAGACUCUAAAGGCUCCAAAGGGCCCGCACGCCGCUCGCUGGCAAUAUGACGGGAACCAGUCAUGCUGCCAAGAAGAAGCAACAACACUUGGUGCCAAUCACACGGGAGUUUCUUCGAGAGUUCUACCGACAGUACCCGCUAGAGCCGGUGCCUGGCGCGGUUCGGGACUCGCAUGUCAAGGCAAUCGAGGAGCUGGAGCGGGUCGUCACCAAGCCCGGCUCGAAGGUGCCACAGGAAUUCUACAUGGAGACACCAACGCGUAUUGAUGAUUGCUUCUGGCGCAGCCGUAUGAUAUGCGAGGAGCUGGCGCUAUCCGUAUCUCGGAUAAAGCAGGGCUUAGCGCCCGCCGGCGGCCCUGCGGCAGUGGAGGUGGCGGCAGUGUGCGACCGCAUGCAGGCGCUGCUGGUGCAGGCGGAGCGGGACGUGUGGACCGUGCAGGAGACGAACACGGCCUCUGUGCGGCAGCAGCUAAAGCAGUUUAUCCCCCAGGACUUCCGCGGGGCUCUGCUGGAGCGGCAGCGAGUCGCCGGUGAGGCCAAGUACAAGAAGCAGAUCGAUGACCUGGUGAAGCGCGGCGGCACCAUCCGCUCGCGCUACGACCUGUACCUGCAGCACCAGUGGGAGCGGCGCCAGUCGCUGGUGCAGCUGGGCGAGUGCAGCGGCGUCUACAAGAUUGUCAUCAAGUUGGUUGCAGGCAUCCCGCAGGUGCUGCUGGACUUCGCCAAGGAGAUCAACGCCAAGCUGGGGCCCAUGGAGGAGCAGCGCAUCAAGUACGGCCCCGACCUGUACGGCAUCACAACGCUGGGCCUUCGCCUCACCGUAUGCCUGGCGGCCUGGGCGGAGGCGGCGGGCGGGGUGGGCAAGGGCGGCGUGGCGACGCCGGCGGCAAGCGCCGCGGCGCCGCACCUGGCGGCGGUGGUGGAGCCGGCAGUGAAGUUCUAUGUGGAGCAGAUGCUUCGCGUGAUCAAGUUCAUUGGGAACGUAUUCCAGCACUCGCCCUUUAUCCUGAGCAAGGAGGACCUGGAGCACGGCGGCGCGGCGGCGGCGGCGGCGGCAACCGGGGGCUCGGCCAACGGUGACCAUCACGGUCCGGAGUCUGCGGCCGUCAGCGCUACCAGCGGCACAGCAGCUGUGCACUCGGCGAUUGCCGACCUGGUGGCCGCGAAAGAGGUGGCAGGGGCUGGGCUGGCGGAGGUUAAGACGGCGACGCCGGUCACCUCGACAAGUGGUGCGGCACCAGCGGCAACACACGCGGCCCUUGACACGGGCAGCUCGGGUGGCAGGGCUGUCAGCAGCGUGGGCGCGAGCACCAGCGCCACCGCGGUGGGGCUGUCGGGCGCGGGGUCGCUAGUGGCGCCAGCAACUCCCGCCGCCACGGCUCCGGACGCGGUCGGGCGCGGCACGGCGCUAAAUCCGAGCGGCUUCAUUGCUUACCUCACCGCUCCGGCGGCAGCCAGCGCGCCUGCCCUGCUGCCACAGCACGCGUCGCAGGCUGAGUCGCAGUCCCACUCGGGGACGCUGCCGCCGCGGCACACGCCGCUCAGCCGCCACGACACGCCGGCGCCCACGCACCUGGUGCCCUCGCCCAAUGGCCGCGGCCUGGUGACGCCUGAGGCGGCGCUGCUGCCCAGCCCUGGCGCGCACCGCACCUACAACGCCCAGGCGGGUGCCACCUCGGGCGGGUACGGCCGCACCUCCGCCAACGGCGGUCGCGUGUCCCUCACGGGCGACUCGCAGUGCAGCUUCACCUCCGCGCCGGAGGACGCGCCGUGGCACCAUCCGGAGGCGGGGUACCACGAGACGGCCGCUGACGGCGGACUGGGCAUUGGGCAGCUGUUCCUAGGCUGCUUGGGACUGGGUAGCCACGGGCGGGCAGGUGCAGGCGCGGGGCCUGGGGCGACAGCACCGCCGCCGGCGAACGGGCACCCCCUAGCGGGUGACAAGGCGGGGCAGGAGCUGGGGCCGAUUGCCGAGUGAGGAGGCGAGGGCGCAGCGGAGGUGGUGCGUGCGGUACUGUGCGUUGCAUGGGCGAGCUGCCAAGCCGGAUGCAUGAGCGGUGAGGAUCAUGGUGAGUGACGUGGGUGGCUGAGAGCGCUGCCGCAAGCGCAGGUCUAUGGGAUUUGCGGGCUGUGCGACUUGUGAGUGAACGGCGCGCUUACUUCGUAAUGGCGUGUAUGGCUUGGGUGGGGCCAGGGUCAUGCGAACGCUGGUAUGCAAGCAAGAGAAGGCAUUAUAUGUUAUGACGAGUGCGCCUGGUGCAAGGUGUGGAGCUGCCACGCCGUCUGGCAUGACAGAAACACUUGGACGGUGAUAUAAUUAAGCACACCUCGCAUACUUGUGCAUUCUUGCUGUACUGUUUUGCAGUAGGGUGACAGCAACCUGGCCACGCUGGUAGGGUCAUGCGAGAGCGUCUUAGGAGAUACUGUGUAGCGAAAGACCCGGAACACAGGCGUGCGUCCGUGCGGUGAGCACUGAAGUAGCGCAGUACAGGGGUGCGUCGCAUGCGUGCUCGGGACGAAGAAUGUGUAUUGGGCUAUUGGCUGUAGGGCUUGUCACAGAUGCAUCAAGUGUUAUUUGUGCGUAGGUAGGAUCGCAUGGAGCUUGAGAUUGCCAAUGUGAAGCAGGCCUGCUCUUAUCAAACUGGCUCGGAAAAGGCAGACUGGCCAGGACUGGCAGAGCGAAUGGCUGGCCCCAUGCAAGUACGGUGGGGCCAAACCGACGAAAUCGGUUGGGGUCGGGCCGUCCCGGCGCCGCGCAGCGAUGGCCGCUGGUGUAAUCAUUCACGCUA